ACACCUCAGUGUUUCAACAGGCGACUGUUGUUGUCUGCACUUUCUGUGUUGACAAUCUGAGCUCUUAUUGAACGUUGAGUUGAUCGAGUCGUUGUGCUGUGGUGGCUGUCAGUCAGUAACCAUGGAGCCCACCUGUCGCAAAGACAAAGCGAAGUUGAACUCCACUCCUACUCGCGGCGACAGGGCCAAGCAGAAAUCCGCCCAGCAGGAACUGAAACAACGACAACGGGCAGAGAUCUACGCCCUGAAUAAGGUGAUGACAGAGCUGGAGCAGCAGCAGUUUGAGGCCUUCUGUAAGCAGAUGCAGUCCCAGGGAGAGUGACUGACAACCUCCCAAUGGCAGCCCAGGACCAUAAACCCUAACCUUCAGCAGCCCUGUCCCACAGUUCAACUACAGUCUUAACCAGUAAAACAAGAGUAUUUCUUACAUAUCAUACAGACAUGUUGAACUGUGGCUAUUGCUGAGCGAUUAACCGAGGGGUCAGUUAUUUUACGUUUUUUUAAACAACAAAUUGACCUACUUGGGUUCAAUUAUUUGAAUUCUAUUUUUUUUGGUUUUCUGUGCCCAUUGCACAGUUUCUCUAGAGAUAAAUCAGAUCCUGCUUGAACUGUGCAAUGUAGUAGGGAGUUGUAGUUUCCAAAAGGCCAAUAUUCUACUUAACGUAAUUAACUACAAUGACCAUUAUCCAUUGCACAUUUACUUGUACGGUCUUUCUUUUACGCCUGCUACAGAAGAGGCAGAAGAAUGCACAAUCAUUAGGGGGAUAUAGAGAGCAGUUGUUACUUCCUGAGGUAUCUCUACCUGAAAAUAAAUGAUCUAUUCUAAGUGAUUGAUAGUUGGUAUUCAGCAGUCAUAAAAGUAUGCCUUAUUUACUUUGAACUACAAAAUAGAGAUUUUGUCAGAAAGCAUAUGCAGCAGCUCUAUAGAGAUGAGCUGUUGACUUGGAAUGAAAUAAGUCAUAAAUCAAAUGUAAUAUACACAACUGAAAUUGUGAAUAAAUGGUUAAUAAGUGAUAAGCAGUAAUGAGCAGUCACUACCAUCAUGGG